GGAGCCACUGCCAGCCUAUACUUGGUUACCUAAAUCAUAAAUGUAGCAUGCACUAGUUUUUUUCUUACACCUUUUUCUACUUUCAUUUCACUUUCGACCCAGUCAUUCCCUACGAGAAAAAAGAAAAAACUCUUCAUUUGAAGACAAGUAAGGAGAAGAUGAGGGGAUUCAUGUGCCAGUCCGUAGCAGCAACUACAGCCUGCAUGGUGACCGAUCCUCGCUCCAUCGUUGUUCCGACCACCAGAUGCCCUAACCGAUAUAUUCAUUUUGAUCAUCAUGAUAAAAGAUUAAAAGAAAAAAGUGCCAAGUACUCUAGACUUACUGUUCCAUCUGUUAUUAAGAGAGAACAAGAUCUAGAACAAGAGCCAAAACUAAAGCCCCUCAAUAAAGUACCACCAUCACCACCAGUAGCUAAUUCGUCCACCCAGCUCUUCCAGGUAGUGGUUAUGAGAGUCUCGCUUCAUUGCCAAGGUUGCGCUGGGAAAGUGAAGAAACAUUUGUCUAAAAUGGAAGGCGUUACAUCGUUCAGUAUAGAUGUUGAGACUAAGAGGGUGACUGUGAUGGGACAUGUAUCCCCAGCUCGAGUACUUGAAAGCAUUUCAAAGGUGAAAAAAGCUGAGUUCUGGUCAUAAACUUUAUCAAAUGCAUGCUUUGUAUUUACAUUGGAUUAUUUUAGGUAACGCUUGUUGCAGUAUUUAUUUGUGUGUUUUUGUUAAGGGGAACUCGUUGCUUACUCCCUUCCAACACCGUACUACUACUAUUAAUGCCUACCACUUUUCCAAAUUCUUCUCCGAUAAUAAUAUUUUAGUUUACCAAUAAAUGUAA